UUUCUCCCACCCAGACUUCAGCCGGAAGUCCGCCGCCCCCAGGGUACCGGCCGGGGGGGCGUGGCUGGCGACCCCCACGGCCCUCCCCUUCCGGCCCCAGGCCCCUCCUGGGCGCCGUCUCCCGGCAACCGCCCCAACAGCCGGUCCCGCAGCCAUGCUGGGCGCAGCCGGGCAGACCCCGCGGGCCUCGCCACCGCCGCUGCCGCCCGGCGCCCUCCGCGGCCUCUGCGCCUGGCUGGACGGGCUCCCGCUCAGCCGUCCCAAGCGCCACCUGGCCCGGGACUUCAGCGACGGCGUGAUGCUGGCAGAGAUUGUGAAGCACUUCCGCCCCCAGCUUGUGGACCUGCAUAACUAUGUCCCCACCUGCAACACUGACCAGAAACUCAGCAACUGGAGCAUCCUCAACAGGAAAGUCUUUCACAAGCUGCGUUUGUGGGUCUCAGAGACGGAUAUCCGAAAGGUGGUGGCCAACACGCCGGGAGCCAUCGAGCCCAUCUUGUGUGCAGUGAGAGAAAAAGUGGCGGAUGGUGCUGCCCACCAGUGCCUGCUUGACCCAGCCGGCCCAGGACCCUCUGGCGGGAUUGCUGACAGACCACGGGCAGAGCUCACCGCCUCUCCGCACACUGGCUUGCCGGGCCCCACGGCGCCCUCCAGUGCGAAGACCCCACAGAGUCCGAGGACUCCAGAGAAAACAGGCCGCUGUGUGUGCACGGGUUGGGACCCAGCUGGUGGACCCUGGGGGCACCUGGACUCCAGAGUGCAGCAACUACUGGAGGAAAAGGAGCAGGCACUGGCCCUCCUGCAGGAGAUGGUCAAGGUACAGGGACCUGGGUGCCCCACGAUGCCCAGAUACCCCCCAGGAAGGGGAGGGACUGGUUGUAAGCGUUCUAGGGAGGUGCUGCCCCCACCCCCGCCUUCUUGAAACUUGGACUCAGUGUGAAGUUUGGCAGUGCUGGGAGAACGUGCAUGUAGUUUUAUUGUCUAGAAAACAGCUUAAUUAUGGAACGUUCCAAACAUACCCAGAAGCGCAGAGGAGUAUGGUGGACCUCCAGCCCCCUAUGACUUGCCACCCAGCCCUGCCGGUCACCAGCCCUCAGAGCCCACAGGGUGCCACCACCCAGUCACAGGUGCCACCACCCAGAAGUGCUGGAUCGCAGGCCCAGGGUCUGGGGGCACUGAGUCAGGUAGUAGGGCUGAGUCAAUGCAGGGCUGGUGGGAGGUGUGCAGGCCGCCCCAGUCGGGUCUCAGCGUGAAAGGGGCUGUCAAGAGUUGUGAAGACAGCGCAGUUCCCUAGCGGAUGCCCAAAUGUUGAUGUUGAUGAGCUGUUUUCUUGAGGAAGCAGGAAGGUGAUAUCAUCGUGCGGUUUGAGUUUGCCAAAGGGCAGCAGAGAGGGAAGUGAUAAGCAGAAAUGAAGCUGCUGCCGCGGUGAGGUCACCCUCGUGCCCACACCCAUGGCAAUGGGUGGCAAUGGUGGAUCCUGACUGCCGCGCUGUAGGGCGCCUGGAGGGAAGGUGGUUGCACUCGGCACGGUUGGACGCUGUCCCCGUGAGAGAGAGUAGACUCGGGGUGGGGGGUGCGGGGGGUCCUGGGAGCGGCAGCUGUGGGGCCGGCAGGAGCCCCCCGUGUCAGCUGGAGCAGGACGUCCGUCACAGCGGACUGCGCUAGUCCGCGUGUGGCCCGGUGUUGGCGUGGGGCCACCGUGGCCAGCCGCAGGGGAUGAUGGCGUGCCGCGGCGUGCCGGCCCACGCUGUCCAGUGAGCAGGGAAGGGACUCGUCGGCUGAGACGCCAGCUGCCCGCCUUGACCGGCUGGAGCCAUCUGUCCUUAGUUGGGGCAUGGGCUGUCACGCCGUUGACCUCACUUUGGAGUUGGGGGGCAGACACGGGUUUUCACGUCCGGCUAUUUCCUUUUUCUGGGCUGCUCGGGCAGGGUCUGUGCUUCCAGCAGGGAAGGUCUGUGAUGUGGCUCGAGAGGGCACCCCAGGCAGGACAGCCUGGGGAGGGGGUGUGGAGCCUGGUGCUUCCUCCUGCACGAACACGCGCCCGAGAACGUUUUCUUGGCGAUUUCUUGUUUUUUCAACUUAUUUAUGUUUUAAGUUUUAUUUAUUUAAGUAACUCUGCACCCAGUGUGGGGCUCAAACUCAUGAACCUGAGAUCAAGAGUCACCUGUUCUUCUGAGUGAGCCAGCCAGUCACCCUUAGGCUCUUAACAUGUAUUUAUUUAUUUAUUUAUUUAUUUAUUUAUUUAUUUAUUUAUGAGAGAGAGAGCGCACAAGGAGAGGGGGGCAGGACACAGGAUCCAAAGCGGGCUCUGCGCUGACAGCAGCGAGCCCCACGUGGGGCUCGAACUUAUGAACCGUGAGAUCAUGACCUGAGCUGAAGGCAGAGCUCAGCCGGCGGAGCCCCUCAGGUGCCCCUGGCUGUUAACUUGUAGAAAUAAACGUUGCACAUGCUCCCCAGAUGCAGUGCAUAUAUUCGGUCAACAUUAAUUCCGCAAGCAUGCCCUGAAAACCUGCCAGGGGACCAGGCAAGGCUUUUCCGUUUGCAGAGGGGACAGGCUGGGGGGCUCCAAGAGGCCUUGCCAGCUCUGGCCAGCCGGGAGCCAGGAGUGCUCCAGAAAGGGUGAGGCAGGAAAACCAGCCCCUCCCAUAACCACCCCCCUUCUUCUCACGUCCCGCCCUCCCUCAUGCUGUUGCUACUGCUGGGAGCCCCCGAACGCUUGGCCACCCAGCUCUGGCACCCAGCGUGCUGCUUUCGGAGACGUGUGCUUUCCUGAAGAUUUUGCAGAUGAAGGUGGUCAGGCUGGAGCACCUGGUAAAGCUGAAGGACCAGCGGAUCGGAGAGCUGACGAGAGCUGGGGGCGAGCCCCAGUGACCAAGAGUGGCAGCGGAGAAAGGCUCCUCCGAGAGGCUCGAGGGGCCACCCCUCCCAAGUCCACUAGACCUUGAACUUGAGCCCACACAGAACUCCCCCAGACCAGGGGUCCUUCUGCUUGUGGCUGUGCGCUGUCCAGCAGGCGCAGGGCGGGGACACCCAUGUACAGAGUGCUUCAGGGGGCCUCGGUGUGUGGACGUCCACGCAGUGGAGGCCGGGGGUUCCAGCCCACCCCAGAGACCUGUUUGGAUAUGAAGACCUGGUCUCGUUCCCUUGAGCCCCUGAGGUGUCCUGUCCUCAUUGUGUCUGUGAACACAGAAAGUUCCGGUCUGUAGGGUGUUGCGUUGGUGUAGUGGCAGGGGAGGGGGGUGGCUGGGCCAGCCAGCAACAUCCUGUGUCAGCCAAACCCAAGUCUCAUGGAAGAUUCUGGAUCCUGUAGAAACAGCACACUGGGAAGUGUGUCCCUGGGUUCAGUCCUUUUUCUCCACGAAGGGAGCACGUGAGUGUCGGGAAGGGCCAUCCGAGCCGCUGUGCAGGCACUGGGUCGGGGUGCCUUGCAGAGACCCCCAGAUGGACCGACCGGUUUCUGCACUUUGCUUGGGAGAGUUUGGGGGUCAGGGUGGAGCUGGAACUUGACCCAGCAUCGCUGUGGCCUUCUCCCCAUGGGAUAGACCCGCUUCCUCCACGUGGGGCCCUGUCCCUGGGUCGGGGACUUCAGGGCAGUACGCUGGAGGGGACAGGCAGGGGGUUGCAUUGUCCCGCCGGCUUCUGGGUCCCGAGCCCCUUCGGGGACUCAGGAAGCUGCAUCAAAGCCACAAACCCCUCCAGGGGUUGAGAGUCAGCAGAGCCCUGAGUCAGACAGCCCAUGCCUCCCUGAGUCAGCGUGUCUCUCGGCCUCUGAAGCCACUGAAGCACGCACGCGUCAGGGCUUCAGGCUCAGAGGGUGGGUCCGAGGCUACUGUCGAGAGAACUGGGGCUAAACUGCUUAGAAGCACAACUGAGGCCAAGGAUUUGCUCCCCAGCCAGGAGGCACGUGGAGACUCCUGGGUCAAGUGGUCUUGGCCAGCAACCAGGGCCCCAAGGUGGGCUGGGGCAGUGAGGGGUUGGGGGGCAUACAUCCAGGAGGGGAGCCAUUCUGGAAGAGCCCUCCGCUGCCAGAAGGGCCUGGGAGUGGCGGUCUUGGAGGUCUCCCGUGCAGCCUGCCCCUGGAGAAUGAGGGUUUGGGGGGGUCCAGGCCUCAAGUAGUAGGGCUUCUAGACCUCAGUGUGGGGGCGUUCACAGCUCAGUUUGGGGGGGGGGCUUCUGCUCAAGGGUCCAGACCCCACCACUUGUGGGCAUCUGGGCUACAGAUGUCACUUGCUUGUUCCUGGUGUCCGGCAGGAGCCAGAAAAUCUGCCCAGAGAUGGGGGCUCCCAGGGCCUGGAGCCUGAGUCAGGACGGGCCCAGGUGGCUUUAGACCCCAGGCCUGCUCCUGCCCGGGCCCCUGCGGGAGCCAGGAUGUGUGUGUGGGGGGGUGCUUCUGCACUCUGCUGCUUCGAGGGGACAGCGGGGGGACUGCCGAUGUGCUCCAGGGCCCAGACGUGUGCGGACACGUGCUCACUCAUGAGGCUGGUCCUUUGAUGAAGCAGGGCUGUGUGUGUGCCUGGUCACACCCACAUGCUCACCGGUAGAGGUGGCCCCAAGGGCUCGAGACGGAGAUUGGAGCCGGGGGAUCGUGGCUGGAGGUGACGGUUUUGCCCUGACUGGAACCUGUCCCCCGCAGGGACCUGGGAGUGGGCCCUGAGCAUCUGGUGCCUGGAGGUGGGGGCCGCUUGCAGAUGAGGACCCCAAACACAGGCCCAGGUUGCUGGCCUGCAGAUGGGCUUGUGGGCUGGACCUCUGCUGCAGCCUCGAGAGGGUCAGCCCCACGGCUGAGGGGAGAGGCAGGGGGCUGACCAAGGGCCAGGGGGGCACAAGGCAGGGAGACCUCUGGGUGGGGAGUGAGGGCCCCACCCUGGCUGAAGGAACAGCUCAGCCUUGUGCCACCAGCACAGGCUGAGCCACCUGAGGUGAGGGUCCGGGUUCCCAGGGGCACAUCGGGCCAGAUCUCUGGAGGGCCUGUGCAAGGCCCCAAGGCCACCCUCUGGCUUAGCCCAGCUCCUGGAGGGACACCCUUCCCCCACCACGUACACCCCGGACAGCAGACCUAGUGGACAGGUUGACGGGUUCCGGCAGUAGGUUCUGAGUUCCUCGCUGUGGGUGGAGCUGACUCAGGCCUGGGCCGGACAGUGAUGGGGGAAGCUGUGAAGCCAGGACCUCGGGUUCCACUCGCCCCUCCAGCCUGUGUUGGAUCCUGGGCUACCAUGUAUGGGAAGCCCUUCCCCAGCAAAGACCCCCAAACUGAAGCUCCAGUGAGGGCACCCUUGGGGGCUCCCUCUGGUUCGGCAGCACCCAUGAUCUCGGGUGGCUGUGAUGUCACAGGACUUCCUGUGACCAGCUUGCGUCUCUUCUGUGGGGUUGGGGUGUCGUCCAAGGUACUCCACGUGGGCCCCCAGGUCUGGAGGUGGGGUGGGGGUGGAGCCCCUGCAGAGAGCAGACCACCUGUGCCCGCUCAGGCCCUCCCCGGUGAGCUUGUGGCUGGGGGAGCAGGUGCUGGAGGUGAUGGGAGGUGCCAUAGGCUGCAGAGCUGGGGGCUCCCUUAGGGCCUGCGCCAAGCUGAUGACAAGUGAAACAUGAGGGCGCCGCUGUGGGUCCCCCCACCCCAUUCUGUUUCCCCAGGGCCCCUAGAGCAACCUCAUGGUCAGGCCAGCACAACAUAGCCCCAAGAGGCUUCUGGAUCCUUCUGUGGGGAGGUAGGACCCUAGCACAGUGCCACAACUCCCUCUGAGGGUCCCCAUCCCAGUUCUGGAGGCCCCCACCCAGGCCACAGGGUACUCCCCAGGGGACCACAGGGCUCUCAGGACCUGGGGUCUGAGCUGCCGGUCGGAUACGGGCACACACACCUCGGGGGCUGCCGCAGAGGGCCAGCAAGAUGGGACGCGGCUGUCGUGCAUGGCUGUGCUGUGGGCUCCCGCCUGGGUCUGCAGCUCCGCCAGGAAGCGGAGGUGACCUGUGGCCUCACUGCCGGCUGCUCACCAUGGCUCAAGGCAACGGCCUGGAUGAGCCGCAACUCCAAGGAGCCGUGUGGAAAGCCUGGCCGUGACGCCUUGAUGACGAAACAGGCUGUGUGAUAAACGUCAUGCGUGAGUGACACCAGCCAGGUGCCGUUUCCCGUGUAGCCCUAGAAAGGACCGAGCCUGGGGUAAAUUUAGGACAAAACUGGAAGCCAGGUCAGCCCCACCCUGCAGCUGCUCUGUGUCUAGUUCACGGUUUCACUGCUGAAGCAGAGAGCAGAGAACCGUCCACGCCCCCACGCGCGCAGUGGCCUCCUCGAGGCCCAGACGCCAUCAGGUACCAAUCCUUCCAGUUAUUCCUGUGUCAGGUCAGACGCACCUGACAUGGAAAGUGCUAGAACCAAGUGAGUGCCCGAGAGAAGGGAUCCAAGGUAACAAACGCCUUCAUCUCUGUGUCCAAAGAUGACGCAGAGCAAGGGGGCUUCGAUGGUCUGAGUGCAGAACCUCCGGCGCGUCCCCUCUCGGGUCAGGUCCCCUCCCACAGCACCUCCCGGGGCAGCGGGUUCCGGGCCCAGAGGCGGUCCGGCUGAGCCGCUCCCCUCACCAGCCCUGGAGUCCCGCACACGCAGACCCAGGGUCUGGCCACGGGCUCCCAGCAUUCCUAGUUGAGAGAUUUAGGUCACUCCAGCUCUGUCCUGGAGAAACCGUGCACACCACAAACAGUCAUCUGAGAACGAACAAGAAGUUUAAAAGGAGUGCCACUGGGCGCCCCCUGCCUGGACAGCAGGAGGUAGACCGCGGGAGGGCGGAGAUUCGUUUGGCAGGGCUUCCUGCGUGUGUGAAAUAUUUCGUAACUGUUAACACUCUUAAAGGGAAACGCCUAGGAUGCACAGAGGUAUACGUGCGAACUGGAGGUCAGAAACCCACCGCACAGACAGCUGAGUGUGCAGCCGGGCGUCGCUGCGUGGCACUGACCCGCCCCUGCCUGGCGUCAGCCAAGAUCGGGGGUGGCUUGAGUUUCCCCAGCCCACUUCCUCAUUCGUAAAAUGGGGAAGUGCAGGUUCCACUGGGCGGGGUGCCCCGCCACCUGCACUGCCCCACUCCCAGCCCCCAUGGGCCGGCCCAGGGGUGCCCCCAUGUGGUCAGUGUGGAGAUCAUGCCUUGCUGACGCUUAAAAAUGGGCCAUAGGCUGGUAGGGUUUGUAAACACCUGCAGCUCUGGGCUUUGUUGGCCUGCAUGCCUGGCCUUCCCAUCGCCUUCCCACGUCAGCCAGAGACCGGAGAGGAGAGGUCGCCGAUGCCUGAAGGAGGUCGGUGGAGCGGGUGGUGGGAGCCCCCGUGUGGACAGAUACCCCCACAGACUGCAUGGCCUGCACUCCAGGGGAGCCCCCUGCCCACCCGCUGCCUUCUGCCUGCUCAUGAGUGUAUAUUUUCAUAAAUUUUGAAACAA